UGGUCUGAAUGCGAGACAAGGCGCUUUAUGGCAAACAGCAAACAGCAAAAAUAAACACACACCUUUGUCCGCCAUAGUCUAUUUGAGAAAUAUAGUUAUCACGAGCUCUUCAAAUGACAAAAGCGAGUGAAAUUAGAAUCCAACAACUGAAUAAAAAAGAAGCAAAAAAAGCAACUUGGCGCCAAAAGGUUGAAAAACCACAGAAGAAUGCAAAUAAAGAAAAUGGAAAAAGCGUGAUUGGACGAAACGCGAAAACGGGCCAAAAGUAUUUCGUCAUGAUCGAUACACUAGUGAAAAUGUAUUAAAAUCUCUAGACAUCUAUAGCGAAAGUCCAGGUUUUUAAGCGGGU